AUGUCUGGCUUUCUUGAGAAUGCGUACAGUCUCGUUCAUCAGGACAAUGCGGCCGAUGUCCCCACCGUUUCCGAUCUGCGCAUGCAGUUGGAGAAGGGCACCGAUGAGAGCAAGGUCGAGACUAUGAAGCGCAUCUUGACCAUCAUGCUCAACGGUGACCCCAUGCCCAGCUUGCUAAUGCACAUCAUUCGCUUCGUUAUGCCUUCCAAGUACAAGCCUCUCAAGAAGCUUCUCUAUUUCUACUAUGAAAUCUGCCCCAAGCUUGACAGCAGCGGCAAGCUCAAGCAAGAAAUGAUUCUGGUUUGUAACGGUAUCCGAAACGAUCUUCAACACCCCAACGAAUACAUUCGAGGAAACACCCUUCGCUUCCUUUGCAAGCUGAGGGAAGCUGAGCUCAUCGAGCCUCUUCUUUCUUCAGCCCGAUCUUGUCUCGAACACCGACAUGCCUACGUCCGAAAGAACGCCGUUUUCGCCAUCUCCUCCAUUUACACACACUCACCUUCCCUGAUCCCUGAUGCCUCAGAACUUAUUUCGACAUUCCUUGAGGGAGAGAGCGAUGGAGUCUGCCGAAGAAAUGGUUUCGCCGCUCUCGCUAGCAUCGACCACGAUGCUGCCCUGGUCUACCUUAGUUCUGUGUUCGAAGGCAUCCCUAACGCAGAAGAGUUGCUUCAGCUUGUCGAGCUCGAAUUCAUCCGAAAGGAUGCUGUCCAAAACUCUCAGAACAAGGCUAGGUACUUGAGAUUGAUAUUCGACUUGCUGGAAGCCGGCGCCUCGACCGUCGUAUACGAAGCCGCCUCCUCCCUGACUGCCCUUACAAACAACCCGGUCGCUGUGAAGGCCGCUGCCGCCAAGUUCAUCGAGUUGAGCAUCAAGGAGGCAGACAACAACGUUAAGCUUAUCGUUCUCGAUCGAGUUGACCAAUUGCGCAAGAAGAAUGAAGGUGUCCUUGACGAUCUGACCAUGGAGAUCCUCCGAGUUCUGUCCAGUACCGAUAUCGAUGUUCGAAGAAAGGCACUCGGACUCGCUCUUGAGAUGGUGUCUAGCAAGAAUGUUGAAGAGGUCGUGCUUCUGCUCAAGAAGGAGCUCUCCAAGACCGUCGAUCAAGAAUACGAGAAGAACACCGAAUACCGAUCCCUCCUCAUCCACUCAAUUCAUCAAUGCGCCAUCAAGUUCUCCGAGGUUGCCGCAAGUGUUGUAGAACUUCUCAUGGACUUCAUCGCCGACUUCAACAAUGUUUCAGCCGUCGAUGUGAUCAACUUCGUCAAGGAGGUUGUAGAGAAAUUCCCUAACCUGCGAACUACUAUCAUUGAGCGACUUGUCUCUACCCUGGGUGAGGUCCGAGCCGGCAAGGUUUACCGCGGCAUCAUGUGGAUCAUUGGUGAAUACUCCCUUGAAGAGAAGGAUAUCCGAGAGGCCUGGAAGAGGAUACGUGCCAGCUUAGGAGAGAUGCCAAUUCUUGCCUCCGAGCAACGACUACUCGAUUCUCACGACGGCGAAGAGAAGACUGAGGACCACAUCAACGGAACAUCAAAGCCAGCUGCGCCAUCUGGUUCGCGCAAGGUUCUUGCCGAUGGUACUUAUGCCACUGAGACUGCCCUGACCAGCCAGUCCUCAGCUGCUGCCAGGUUGGAGGCUGUUAAAACUGCUCAGAAGCCCCCUCUGCGCCAACUUAUCCUCGAUGGAGACUACUAUCUGGCGACUGUCCUGUCAUCAACCCUCGUCAAGCUUGUCAUGCGACACCAUGAGAUUUCUUCCGACAAGGCUCGCACCAACGCCCUCCGAGCCGAGGCCAUGCUCAUCAUGAUUUCAAUCAUCCGUGUGGGUCAGUCUCAAUUCGUUAAGGCUCCUAUUGAUGAAGACUCCGUGGACCGAAUUAUGUCUUGUGUGCGCUCCCUGGCCGAGUUCGAGGAGAAGAAGGAACUCGAAACUGUUUGGUUGGAUGACACUCGCAAGGCUUUCCGUGCUAUGGUACAGGUCGAGGAGAAGAAGCGCGCUGCCAAGGAAGCUUUCGAGAAGGCCAAGACAGCCGUGCAAGUUGACGAUGUUGUCCCCAUUCGACAGCUCGCCAAGAAGAACACUACUGACGGUCUUGACGAGAUCGAAGUGGACUUGGAGAGGGCAACUGGUGGUGAGGGCACUGCUGAGGAUCUUUCUUCCAAGCUCAGCCGGGUAGUCCAGUUGACCGGUUUCUCCGACCCCGUCUAUGCUGAGGCAUAUGUCAAGGUCCACCAGUUUGACAUUGUUCUUGAUGUUCUCCUGGUUAACCAAACUACCGAGACUCUUCAGAACCUUUCAGUUGAGUUUGCUACUCUUGGUGACUUGAAGGUUGUAGAGCGACCUACUACACAGAACCUGGGCCCCCAUGACUUCCACAACGUGCAAUGCACGAUCAAGGUCUCCUCGACGGAUACUGGUGUCAUCUUUGGUAACGUUGUGUACGAUGGUGCCCACUCUACUGACACCAACGUUGUCAUCCUUAACGACCUGCAUGUCGACAUUAUGGACUACAUUCAGCCCGCUACAUGCACUGAGACUCAGUUCCGUACCAUGUGGACUGAGUUCGAGUGGGAGAACAAGGUCAACAUCAACUCCAAGGCCAAGACGCUUCGCGAUUUCCUUGACCAGCUCAUGGCCUGCACAAAUAUGAACUGUCUGACACCAGAGGCUAGUCUCAAGGGCGACUGUCAGUUCCUGAGUGCUAACUUGUACGCAAGAAGCGUAUUCGGUGAGGAUGCUCUCGCUAACCUGAGCAUUGAGAAGGAGGGUGAGGACGGACCCAUUACUGGUUUCGUAAGAAUAAGGAGUCGAUCACAAGGCCUGGCCCUGAGCCUAGGCUCGCUGAAGGGUCUCAAUAAGAUCGGCUCAACGGCUUAG